UAUUUAUAUCGAGGAUGGUUAUGUCUUCUCUAUUUUCCGACUAAUGACCGAAAGCAGAAGCAUUUCUUGCAAACGAUUUUUGGUUUUUCCUGAUAUUUGCAGGUUGGUCAGGAGGCUCGCUGCAAUCUUGUAUGGAGAAUAGAUCCCUUAGGCAUCCAAGACUGACGUUAACAGGCAUCAUUUUACAACACGAGAGGUAGCCAACACGACCAUCAUGCCGCCUAGUUUACGCUGUAAUCUGACCCCAGUCAGGCAGAUUCUGUGCCGAGGGAACAACCCAGCUAAAGCAUCACGUGGUGUACCAUGUAUCCAUGGUUACAGUGCACGACCACUAGCAUCCGUCACCCAACUCCCUCAACCGUCCACGCCCGCAAACAUUAGCCUCAUUCUCAGUCGGGGUCUAGCCUUCUCACACUCCCUCAACGCCAGCACAACAGACGGCUCAUCCAAAGGGGACGGAGUCAGUGGACGGAAAUCCAGAGGGAGUAGCGCCAGUGGAAGUAACAGUGGAGGGAGUAGCAGCGAUGGAGGGAAUGGCUCCUCUAACCAACUGUGCUGCCCCAAGUGUGGGGACCCGUGUACACACGUUGAGACAUUUGUCUCUUCCACAAGGUUCGUAAAGUGUGAGAAAUGUCAUCACUUCUUUGUGGUCCUGUCAGAAACAGACAGUAAAAAGAGUCUAAAAGAGACGCUACCACCCAAGCCAGAAAGACCUCCACCUCCGCCUCCUAAAAAGAUCUUUGAUUUUCUGGAUAGACAUGUCAUAGGCCAGGAAGAAGCUAAGAAGGUGCUGUCAGUUGCCGUGUAUAAUCACUACAAGCGAAUCUACAACAACAUUCCUGUAUCCACGGGCAAGAACCAGAUGGACGGCGCUGAAUCAAAGAGUCCAGCAUUCACUCCAAGAGAGCUGCUUCAGAUAGCAGGCAUUAGCAGUCAAGGCAGUGCUCUCGGUGCCUCAUCCCUGCAGCAGCAACAGCAGUCCACACAGGGUAACGAGACAGAGCGACAGCUACGAGGCAGCGGCUUGCUGGAUUCACAACAUCAUGAACUACGACUAGAGAAGAGUAACAUUCUACUGCUAGGACCGACAGGAUCAGGUAAAACCCUGAUCGCCCAGACCAUAGCACAUUGCCUGGAUGUCCCCUUUGCCAUCUGUGAUUGUACCACGCUAACCCAGGCUGGCUACGUAGGAGAAGACAUUGAAUCAGUCAUUGCUAAACUUCUGAGUGAUGCCAACUUCAACGUGGAGAAGGCUCAACAAGGUAUCAUCUUCUUGGACGAGGUGGACAAGAUUGGCUCGGUACCAGGCAUCCAUCAGCUCCGUGACGUCGGAGGCGAAGGCGUCCAACAAGGCUUACUCAAGAUGCUGGAAGGCACGGUGGUCAGUGUGCCUGAACGGAGCUCACGCAAGCUACGUGGAGAAAGCGUGCCGGUUGACACCACUAACAUACUGUUUGUAGCUUCUGGAGCGUUCAAUGGCUUGGAUAGGAUCAUCAGCAGAAGAAAGCAGGAAAAGUACCUUGGUUUUGGAGCCCCUGCCAAUGUCAGCGAGGGGCGACGAGCAGCGACCAACGCCGACCUCUCAAACCAAUCAGCUCUCUCCGAUACCAAAGUGGACAAUGAUGAAAAGGACGCCCUCUUGAGGCAGGUGGAGUCCAGGGACAUGAUUGAGUUUGGCAUGAUACCGGAGUUUGUCGGACGCUUCCCCAUCAACAUCAGCCUGACGUCGUUGGACGAGGCUAUGCUACUCAGAAUACUCCGAGAACCUCGCAACGCCAUUGUGCCUCAGUUUGAAAUGCUGUUCAAGAUGGAUAACUGUACACUGAACAUCACUGAAGAUGCUCUGUCUGCCAUCGCUAAGAUGGCUCUGGAGAGGAAGACUGGAGCACGUGGUCUUCGCUCCAUCAUGGAAAAGAUCUUAUUAGAGCCAAUGUUUGCUGUUCCUGGAUCUGAUAUCGAAGAGGUGACAAUUGAUGCAGAAGUUGUGAAAGGAGAUAAACCUCCGGUAUACACCAGAAGACCCAUGGAUUCGGAUGAACGGCAGGAAGCCAUGAACUAUUAAGUAUCAAGCUCUGUGAUUGGCUCAUGAACCAAUGUCAUAUAAAACAGAAACUUUCAUUGGUCCAUUUUAAAUGUAAAGAUACUUCUUAUUGGUGAAUCCAGCAGAAUUUACUACAUGGCUUGAAACUGAGGGAGCAAUCUGAAUAUUUUUAAGAACAAUUCUGAUUGGUCCAUCAGUUUGAAAGCUUUACUCUGAUUGGUAGACUCAAAUUGUAAAUUGCUGUAAUGGAUAAUCAUCCAGGGGAACUAUUUUCCUAACCUAGUUCUGUAGGUUUGUAACACUAAUUUAAGUAUUUUUUAGUAGUCUCUGUCAAAACAUGGUAUUGAAAAAUCUUUUCUCUGAUCUUCAAAGUUGUGUACUUCACAUUUAAAUUAAAAUUAAAUCAAAACUAUUUUAUUAUUCUGUACCUCAAACAAAAAAAUAGCAUUUUAUUGGAAUUUUUUGUAAAAUAUUGUAAGAAAAGCAUGAAGGGGAUUUGUCUGACUAAACAGUGCUUUAGAGAAAGUGGAUUACUUUCUCAAAUUAAGCUUGGACUGUGGUUUAGUUUUAAAGUAUUUAACUAAAUAGGUUCACAAUUUGUCAGAUUGUUAAAUCAAAUUACACUUGAUCAAAGGUUUAUUUUAAUUGUGUAGAAAGUAAAGCACGAAAAAGGAAUCAAUCAAGUGUGCCUAAAAUUAAUUUCCUUGGGAAUAUGUUUGAUCAGUUUCAUAAGCGACAGGUAGACGUUGUGUUAAUAAUUAUCAGUGGGAUUGGUCAGUUGUGUUACCCAGCUACUUAUGUACAUUGUGUGGUGUUUGUAUUUUGAAAAAACACUCGACAGUUUUUUAGUUGAUAUUGUGUUCAUUUGUGUUGAAAGUGCACUUUGUACACCGAAACGAUUUGGAUGACGCUAUUUACAUGUUCAGAAAAGAAAUUCUUGUUCAUUUUUUUUUCCUGUCGAAUUCUGUCACGAAUUUGGCCCUUGGUGAUGGGUUACUUCAGGUAUCUUUUUACAAAACCUGUAUGGAAAUAUUAACCAAUACCUUGCAUAUUUAUUCUAUAUUGAAAAUUGCAAUUGAAACAUUUAGUCUCUUCAGGCAGCCAAAGCCAGAUUAAUUUUUUACUACCAGUUUUAUUGCAUUAUACAAGUGCUUGUUUAAAAAUCCUUAGUUUAAUUAUUUCUUUGAAAAAAGUUCUCUGGUUUUUACAUAUGCUAUUCCGUUUGAAGUCAGAAAAAUUGCAUGCGGUUUCACUAACUCUGGUGUUGGAGUUUAGUAUGAGCAACAAACUUGACAUUAUAUACGAUUUGAGGCUUUGCAUGGUGGGGUAUCGGUAUCGUUUCGGUUUGCGGUAACACCAUGUGGUAAUAACUACUGCUUAGAAGAUUUUGACAUUGUAAAACUGUUAUUGGCUUAUGAAGCUUAACUUCUUUCAAAUGUGAUGUAUGUUACAGGAAUGAAGAAAAUUCAAGAAAAUAAUAAACUUAAUAAUAUUAUUUUGCUGUCCUGGUAAGGGUUAAUGCGCUUAAUUUGAAACAUCUUUUUCCGUGAAAGAUUCUUUUUAGUUUUUUUUUUUCUCAAAUAAAGGAACAAAUAUUGUAUAUAUACAAAUUAAAAUUGUGUGUACUUAUGUCAUUUUCUUAAUUUAUGUAUGAUUCUAGCCCGCAGGACAGAGAGAAUAUCCAAUUUAAAGUUAACAAAUUCAACCAUAUCUUUUAAAGGGGAAUUACUUCCACAUAAAUAACUGAAUAUUUCUUAAUACAACACCAACUUUUGUUGUUUUAUUUCGAUUUUAUUCUUCAAUGCUAUGCAUUAACAGCAUGCAUAAAACUGAAUCUAUUCUCUCAAAAUACAUUCAAUGCAACCAAAAUAUAUAUAUACACUUUAUUUACUAAACGUUAGGAAUACAGAAGUCAUCGAAGAAAAUAACUUGAACGGUUAUUUGUUAAUAUUUCAACAGUUGAAUUUGAAAUCUAUUAUGCGUAAGCAUGGAAGUUCGUAGGAAUUAGAAUAAAUAUAUUUACAAAAGGUCAAAUUCUCUUCUAGAA